AUGGAGUUAAUUAGAGAAGAUGGAAUUAAUCCAGCUGCAAUGAUUAUAAGUGGAGUAUGGUUGAAGUUAGAACUUUUGAAACAAUUAAGACCUGCAUAUGAACCUCCUUCUCGUGAGUACCUAUCAGAAAAUUACUUAUAG